CCUGACGCUGUCAAGUCAACGAACUGGUGAACUUGGCGGUUUCAGUAGUAGUUUAGAUAAAAAAACUGUAGAAAUGCCUCCCAAGAAGCGUGAUAAAGAUAAUGAAACUAACAAAAACUCUAAGAUUGACCACUUACAAGCUGACCAUGAAUUAUUUUUACAGGCUUUUGAAAAACCUACUCAAAUAUAUAGAUUUUUGCGGACACGUAAUAUGCUAUCGCCAAUAUUCCUUAAUAGGACACUAUCUUACAUGAAACGUAGAAUGUCUAGAAGCAAUAAAAGCCGCAUUGGUUUCAAAGUUGACUCCCUGCUUGAGAAAAUCACUUUGAAAAAAAGCACAGAACUCCAGCCUAACAGUUUAGGAGGUUAUAUGACUCUUACUUUCCUAGGAUUUUACGACAAGAGUUUAGAUGAUCCAAGAGAUUAUCAAGUGAAAGUGGAAACAUUACUACUGAAGAUUUGUCAUAAAAAGAGAAAAGAAAGUUCAUCAGCCAUUGUGGAAGUUUCUGUUGGUAGUUGCUCAGUGCCCCUCAAUCCAUCAACAUCUGAGCCUCCAGCAAUGGCAUCAGCUGUCAGUAUCUCUAGUGACACAUUUAGCCCAUCCCAAGGCCCCAAUGUAAAAUCUUAUAUGCUGAUGCUACGAGUUACAGUCACUAGGGCUUCAGGAAAUUCUAAUACGAAUGGUGCUUCUAGUUCUUCCGAAAUCACUAAUGGUGAUUGUGAUGAGCCAGUAACAAAAAGACUGAAAUCAACCUCUACGGAUCAUCUCAAUUCAUCUGACAUCAAAUGGACUAAGCUCUAUGGCAGCGAGCUUAUUGUGUAUGAUAAGCACAAUAGAUGUCUUCUCACAAAUGGGGAAUAUGAUCUAGUCCUGCAUGAUGCAUCACCUGGAGGGAGGAGUGCAACUAUUGCCAGAUCUCCACACAAAGCUCUAAUGGCUCAGUGGGAGACUAUACCUAAUGAAAAUGAUUUACAAUCUGAAACAAAUCCAUUUGAUAUAUUUAAAGUGAGACCCUUAUUGAAAUUAAAGUUAAGCUGGAGCCAAGAACCCACCAAUGGCUUAGUGAAUAGACCAAAAUUAUAUCAACAAAUUAAUGAAUCUAAUGGCGUGAAGAAAGAGACUAAUAGCAGCAAAGAUAAAAUUCCUAUGCAAAAAUCUAGUACUAGUGAUAAUAAAAAUGGCGACAAGCUAAAGAGUGAGGAAGGUGAAACAAAACGUCAACAAAUUAUUUACCAAUUCCUAUACAAUAAUAACUCGAGACAGCAGACUGAGGCUUGUGAUGAUCUUCACUGUCCAUGGUGUUCAUUGGACUGCGGGACAUUGUACUCUCUCCUCAAGCACUUGAAACUGUGUCAUUCCAGAUUUAAUUUCACAUAUUUCCCGAUCCCGGGCGGCGCGCGCGUGGACGUGUCCAUCAACGAGCUGUACGACGGGUCGUACACGGGCUCGCCGCACGACCUGAUCGCGGCGCAGGGCCGCUCGACGGCGGCGGCGGCGGCGGCGGGCCCGCGCGCCGGCCCGUCGCGCCGCGCCGCGCUGUCCCGCGUGCUGCUGUGGAGGCCGCGCCGGGCACGCCGCGCCGCGCACAGCCUCGCCGAGUUCCUCGAGCUCGACGACGACAUGGCCGACGCUCAGCGGCCCUACCUCGCCGGACACAACCGACUUUACCACCACACAAUUACAUGCCUGCCUGUGUAUCCCAACGAAUUGGACAUUGAUUCAGAAAGUGAAACAGAUCCAUUAUGGCUUCAACAAAAAACUAUGAUGAUGAUAGAUGAGUUUACGGAUGUAAACGAGGGUGAAAAAGAACUCAUGAAAAUGUGGAAUCUGCAUGUAAUGAAAUACAACUAUGUUGGAGAUUGUCAGAUCCCCAUUGCCUGCCAGAUGUUUCUGCAGAUGAAAGGAAAGGAGCUUCUAGAGAAAAACUUAUAUAGGAACUUCAUCCUUCACAUGUGCUCUUUACACGACUUUGGGCUGCUGAGUCCGGUUGCACUCUAUCAAACUGUACAAACGCUCAACCAAAUGCUGGCAGACAAUGCCGAGGCCAAAGAGAAAAUGCGCGAAUCGCUAAAAGCUCAGCGCGAGCACUGGAACGCGGUUGGUAAGUAUCAGCAACCUGCUAUCAUAGAGCAAAAACCACAGUUGAAUACGGCUAAACUAAAUAAUGCAGAGGCAUCUCCGUCAGUGAGACGAAAAACGUCUAAUUUACAAAACGCUAAUAGAAUGGCUAGCGCGAGUGCCAACUUCAGCAAGUCGGCAAGUCCUGGACCCAACCACCCUGAGAAUAAAAGGAAGAUGUCCUCUGGAAGUAUACAAAGCCGAAAACGCACAUCGAUAUCAGAGAGAAAAAGCUCUGUAUAGCGAAUAUUCAGUGAUUAAUUUAUAAUGGACUCACCUAGAGAAUUAAAUCUCAAAUUACAAGAAGUACACUAAAAGAGUAAUUUAUAUUUUUUCCUUUUUUUUUUAAUCAAAUUUCUCGACUUAUUGUCAAGUUUGCCAGGAGUUUAUUAGUUAUAUUUUUGUAAUAAGUUCAAUUUAUUGUCUUAUAUUCAAGAAAUAUCACAUUAAUGAACAAUGAUGUUAAGUAAACAAUAAACAUUAGAAAAUCUUAGAUAAAAAUUCUAAACUAUUGCACGUUAUUUGCAUUCAUGAUUUAGAAUUGGCGCCAUAUCAUUCAAUUUUGACAUGAUUUUCUCAUUAUUAUUAGUUAAUAUAAUUACGUUACUGCCCAAUAUGAUUGUGUUUAGAUUAUAAGUAAAUCAGUCCAUGAAAUGGAUAACAUUAGUUUUAAUUAUUAAAUUAUACUUUCUUUCUGGAUUUAGAUCUCUGUUAACAAAUAUGUAUUCUUAAACAUAUUUCAGUUGACAUUAUAUUAUCACAAAUCAAUAAGUAGCUGUGAUUUUGACAAUCAUUUACAUUUAAUUUGUAAGUUAUAUUCCUUUUUGUAUUCACUAUAAAUUGAGUUGCAUUAAUCAACUUUUUAUGACAAUGUUGUUAAUCUUUAUCUGAGAAUAGAAACACAUUCAAAUGUUGUGAAAUGAAUUAGAAUAUUUUGGAAAAUCACUAAUGUUAAAACCAUAAUUUGAUAAGCAGGAUUAGACUAAACAUUUAUAUAUUAUUUCAUUAACUUUGUCACAUCUGAACAUAAAGUCAUGAUCUAUUUUCAUGAGGAUUAUUGGCUGUCAAGAUGAGCACGGCCUCUCUUUUGAGGACAUUUCCCACCCAUGCUCCGAUACCUCGUAGUAUCCCAUCACUGCCAUGUGCUGUUAGUUAUAUGCAUAUUGAAAAGGUAGCAUCACUCACAGGAUGCAUUUGACUGAUAAAACAUCACAUAAAGGUGAAAUUAGACGAAAUUAAUUCUUUCAUUUUAUUUAUUGUAAAUAGGCUAGGAGCAUUUAUUAUUAGUUUUGUUGCUUGACUACAUUUGUGAGCAAUUUUGUUACUCGUAAGUGAGAAAAUACUUAAACCACUUUGACAGAUUUUAUCUAUGGAUUUAAUUGACCAGAUGAGCUUUACAGUUUCUCAUUAUGCUGGCAAAGUCUCAAUACAAUAAAUACUAUAGUAAAUAUAGAAAAUGCAAACAAUAAAUUAAUAUAAAUCAAUACGUAGCAACGCGUAUAAUAAUAAUAGAAAUGUAAUUGAACGGAAGGUAAAUAUUCCAUGGUCAUCCAACGAAAUUCCAGCAAGUUGGAGGCGAAUAUGUCCAGUUGUGGUCAUUAAGUAGUCUCAAUGUAAGAAAGAGGCCAGGGUUUGCUUGGUGAACCCUGUUCUUCUUAACGGAAUAUGAAAUAAGUGCCAUCUACAUACUCACCCAUGCUGGACACUUAUAGAUAUUGACAACCAAUACUUUGGUGACAUAUUCAAUUAAUGAGAGCUUCCGUUUUACUUCAUAUGUAUUAUAUAUAUAUAACCCACAAUACUAAAACAGUUUAAUAUAUAUUAGUAUAAGACACCUUAAAAUCGUACUGUUUUUGGUACAGCCACCUUAUGAAUUUUAUUAAACUAUAUACACAGUGAACCCGCCAGGUUAUAGAAUUAAAUUUACAGAAGUAGUAUAAGUGUUUUCUUACCAAUAAAGAUGAAUUACGAACACCAAUAAUUUAACAUUAACAGAAUUUAAUUUUUCCUACAUUGCUUCUUUAGCCUUAGCCUACCUGGCACUUAUUCAAUUCUAGGUUUACUUUUUUUUUUGGUCCAAUUCCACCUUUAUUGUAGAGUCAUAAAGCAUUAAAUACUGCCAACUUUUUUUGAGGGAGAAAUAAUAAAAAUUAGCUGUGAUUGUUAGAUUUUUAUGCCUUGGGGGAGAGGCCUAUGAAUUGAUACUUUCUUGUUGUACGGUCAUAAAUUUAAAUAGAUACAGCAAAUACGUCAAUCUAUUUAAAAACUAUGCGUGUCACAUUUAAUUAAAACAAUAUGAAAUUACUUCUAAUUUGAAGAUUAUUUUUUGGUCGGAAGGAUAUAUUAUUGAUCGAGCCGAUCCCUUACUAAUAUUACGACUGAAUUGAAAUGAUUCAUAUAAGCGAUCCAUGUUAAGUAUUAUAUUCUAGGGAAAAUUGCACGCAAAGUACAAAGCACAUACAAUUUGCAGUGUGUAUUUAAAUGUAUGACUGUGUUGAAUGAUGUUUGUCCCCAGGUAACUUUGUAUUUGUGGUCUAGAUACGUAAAUUUAUUUAUUCCUAUUAUUACAUUACAUAUUAUUAUUAAAAAUUAGAAGUAUAAAAUCAAUGUUUGGAUGAAUUGUAUAAAAAAAAAUCUUUAUUGUCAUUCCUUUAUAUUAAUUUGGUAUGUGCGACUAAGAAUAAGCCACGAUUAUAUCACUGCCAUACAUAUUAUACAACUACUUGGAUGAUACGAGAACUGUAUAAUCAGUAUUUAAAUUUUCACCCACAUUCUAAACAUUUUUAAACGUAUACAGUUUAUUAAUGGCUUUUCAUAACUAAAUGAAUUGGUCAACCAUAAUUUUUAGUAUUCCCUUAUAUACGGAAAUACUAAUGAUGUUUUUAAAAUGUUUGUAAUAAUGGAACGAAAAUCCGUAUUGUUGAUUGUAUUAAGUUUAUUUUUAAAUAAUAAUUAUCAUCAUUGCCUUACCUUUUCCUAUUUAUUUGGGGUCAGCGCAGUGUCUCCUUCCACAAAUCCCCGUUGUCAUUUCCGGGCUCACUCCUCUUAGGCAUAUCAUCGUUCAAAUAGUCCAUCCACCUUAUUUUACGGUUGUUCCCUUCCUUUACAUCCGUCCACAUUCAUACUUAAUGUUUUCUUUAAAACAUAGCUCUCAUUUCUAUGUUUUAAAGAAAACAUGAUUGUACCGGGACAUUAUUUUGAAUAAUAAUUAGAUUAUUCAAAAAUAAACUUAUAAUUAUAUAAUGCAGUUAUUAUAGUCAGAAUUAGACUAACGACACGAUGAGGCAAAGUAUUGUUUCUAUCAUCACAACAUAAAAGAUACAUAAUAACUACGUACAGAAAAUCUAUUCAUUUAUUCACAGUUUUCGCUGCCCGUCCGCUAGAAGCUGUUGAUAGGGUGGUGAAUAUUGUUAUAAAUACUCAAUGAAAAAGAUCCGCAGUAUAUUAAUACGAUAUUAACAAUGGAGACGUAAUUGUCAGAAACAAAGACACGGAAAUAUGCUGCAAAUGCAUUUAUAUAAAUGUUUAGGGCAUCAUUGUCUAUUCUAUACUUAAGUAUAUUAUUUUUUAUUCUACGCCUUUGUCAUAUUGUGUUGUUGGUAAGCGUCGCCUUUAUUGGCCGUUAUUUAACCAACAGUACAAAUGUAGCUCUAAAUUUCAUAUCAAAUUUGACAUCCAUACAGUGUUAUAUAUUAUUAAUUUCUUGAUAUUUUUUUUUAAACCAAUCAAUCAAUAUUCAUAGAAAGAAUAUAUCAUACACAUCAAUGUAAACUAGAUAAAUAUAACACUGGUAUAUAAUAUGGAAUGUUAAGUUGUAAGAUAAAUACAUGUUCUAACGUAUUUCAAUUUUUGCAAGGCUAUUUUGUAAAAAAAUAAGUAUUUUGUUAUUUUUGUACUGUUCCAUUUUGAGUAACGUUCAGUAAAUUGUACUUAUGGUAAACUGAAAUAUACCUAACGAUUAUUUUA